UUCUUCCUUCCUCUGCUCUUUACUUUCCUAUAAAUUCCCCUCUCUGCUUUGCCCUUCUUUUCACCCAAAACCAAACCAAACCAAACCAAACCAAAACCUUUUUUCUUCUCUCUGAGACUCUGUACAUCUAUCAAACUUCCAGAUUUUCCUACAAAUAUCACAUUCCUCUCACUGUCAAACUCACAUUCUCUUUGAAAAACUUACUAAAACACCAUGCUUUCUUCAAUUAAGCUCUCCCCAUCUUCUUUCACUUCCACAGGUUUCUUACCCAAUAGACGUUCAAUCCCAACACCACAAUUCUCUCCAUUACCCAUUAUCAAGAGCCUCCACAGUGCCUUCCCCACCCACUCUUUCUCUUCUCAAAAACCGCUACAAGUUGCCUCCAUUGACAAUCUUGCAAUCUCCAAAAACACCCAGCAGAGGAAAACUGAGUGCCAGGCCUAUGAAGCCGACAGGUCUAGGCCUCUGGACAUAAAAAUUGAGUUACCUGACGAGGAUGCGAGAUUGGAAGCAGCUAAAAGGAUUAAGAUUGGGAUUUACUUUGCUACUUGGUGGGCUUUGAAUGUAGUUUUCAACAUAUAUAACAAGAAGGUUCUCAAUGCUUUCCCUUUCCCUUGGCUGACCUCUACCCUAUCUUUGGCUGCUGGCUCUUUGCUGAUGCUCAUAUCUUGGGCCACUAGAGUUGCUGAUGCUCCUAAAACCGACUUUGAGUUUUGGAAGACCCUUUUCCCUGUUGCGGUGGCACAUACAAUCGGGCAUGUAGCAGCAACUGUGAGCAUGUCAAAGGUCGCUGUUUCCUUCACACAUAUAAUCAAGAGUGGUGAACCUGCAUUCAGCGUUUUGGUUUCAAGAUUUUUGUUAGGGGACUCAUUUCCAAUGCCAGUUUACUUGUCCCUUGUACCAAUUAUUGGAGGUUGUGCACUUUCAGCUUUGACUGAGCUCAAUUUCAACAUGACUGGUUUCAUGGGGGCUAUGAUAUCAAACUUGGCAUUCGUGUUUAGAAACAUAUUCUCAAAGAAAGGGAUGAAUGGGAAGUCAGUGAGUGGGAUGAACUACUAUGCAUGUUUGUCUAUGUUGUCCCUUUUGAUUCUUACACCUUUUGCAAUCGCUGUCGAGGGUCAUCAGCUUUGGGCUGUUGGCUGGCAAAAAGCAGUCUCACAAAUUGGACCCAAUUUUGUCUGGUGGGUGGUAGCUCAGAGUGUCUUCUAUCACUUAUAUAAUCAAGUUUCAUACAUGUCUCUGGAUCAAAUUUCUCCCCUGACAUUUAGCAUUGGGAACACAAUGAAGAGGAUUUCAGUUAUAGUGUCGUCCAUCAUCAUCUUCCACACACCUGUUCAGCCCAUUAAUGCUCUUGGAGCUGCCAUUGCCAUCCUUGGAACCUUCCUUUAUUCACAGGCAAAGCAGUGAGAAAGGUCAAAGAAUUUCAAGAUUUUGUUGAACUGGCAAACAAUAAAAAAGGGGCUUUAUGAAUAUUUGGAAGGAAUUCACAGAAGAUGAUGCUAAUGGGCUUAGUUUUGAUGCAUUCCACAUGUAGUCCUGGAGAUGGAAGCAACAAGUUAAUAUGAUAGUCUUUGCAACCUUCAAUGCUACUAAUUAACUAGUAGAUUUUAUUUUACAUUUUGUAAGUUGAAACGGGGGGUGCAUAACCUUUGUAUUAUAGCGAAAUAAGACAAGUUUGUUGAUGCCUAUUAUGUUUUGAGCAAUGGAAAUGAUGGAUGUAGUGGGUUUUAA